AAGUUCAAAAUGAGAUCAAAAAGCUUGAGGAGGAUCUUCGAGUCAGACAACAAAAGGAAUUGAAUUUACUCGAGAAUCAAAGUCCAAAAGAAGAUAAUUUGACUGCAAGUAAUUCUUACAAUAAACUUUAUAAAAUCAUUGAUUCAUACUUAUCAGAAUGUUAUAAUCAUUUUCCGUCCAACAAUUUGGACGAGAAUAAGGAUUACGAUUUGGAUGACAUUACUGAUAGGUUAUUAGCAAGGUUAGAGGCUACAAAUAUCGAUGAUGAAAAAAAGACACCAGUGCAACCUAAAGUUAGCGAAAACACGAAAAAGCCGAGGACGAACAGACAACAAGAAAGAAAGAACCGAAAAGCUGCCAAAUUAGCUGAAAUGCAACGUGAAGCCGAAGAAGAUGCUAGUAAACAAGUUAAUAUGCGAGAA